UAUUUCAGCCAAAGUCACAUAACCUAUCUAAAGAAUGAAAAGCUGGAUUCUACUGCUGGCAAUUGUAGUCAGCACAGCAGAAACACAGAUCCAGGAUGUCUGCACCCAAGGGCAUCCUGGCAUCCCUGGAAAUCCUGGGCACAAUGGCAUACCUGGUCGGGAUGGACGUGACGGGUCAAAAGGAGACAAGGGAGAUACAGGUGAACCAGGAAUUCCUGGAAGUCCAGGAAAAGAUGGUGUCAAUGGAGAGAAAGGUGAACGAGGAACCAAUGGGACUGUUGAAGAGAAGGGAAACAAAGGAGAUAAAGGAGAAAGAGGACCACCUGGGAAACUGGGACCAAAAGGAUUUAUAGGAUCAGUGGGUUACAAAGGUCAGAAGGGAGAGCUGGGACUGCAAGGACAAAAGGGGUUCAAAGGAGACAUUGGACCCAUAGGUCCAAAAGGGACAAAGGGUGAAAUUGGCCAUCCUGGAAGAGUUGGUUUCCCAGGGCCAAUUGGCCCAAUUGGUAAUCCAGGUCCUAAAGGUAAUACUGGAGGCAUAGGGCCACAGGGUAAUCCGGGAGUUCAGGGGGAAAGAGGCUUGAAAGGAGACCGAGGAGACAAGGGGGAGGUAGGUGCCCCGGGAGUCCUGCCAAGGAGUGCUUUCAGUGUCGGCCUUACAGCCAACACCAAGUUUCCCCCUCCAAAUCGCCCGAUCAAGUUUGACAAGGUGCUGUAUAACAGUCUGAAUGACUUCAGCUCGGCUACUGGCAAGUUCACCUGCAAACACCCCGGCGUUUACUAUUUCACCUACCACAUCACUGUCUACUCAAGGAACGUGCGAGUCGCUCUCGUGAAGAACGGCAUCAAGAUGCUGCACACGGUGGACAGGUACCAGAGCGGAGAGGACCAGGCCUCGGGAGCCGCCAUCCUUGAGCUGCAGGGAGGAGAUGAGGUGUGGCUGCAGGCCCACCAAGGAGAGGCUUUCAAUGGGCUCUAUGCAGAUGGUGAUGAUGAUACCACCUUCUCUGGGUUCCUCCUGUUCAGCACCGCUGACCCACUGGAGCCACUGCUGCUGCACACCCUGUAG